UGAGGUGGAUGAAGUGUACACUGAUAAGCUAGUUAGCUGACAGGCUGUGAGAUAGGCUUAGUUUCAUUUUAGAGGCUGUCGGAUAGCAGUGUCCACAGCCACACUGUCAGACUGACUAAACCGAGAGGGAUGUUUGACUUUGCUGCUGCUGAGGAGCUUUAAACAGGUAAGUUAGUAAGUUGUAUAACACAGCUUCAGCUAGCUCCCUUCAAAAGGCACCUGGACACACAGACAGUAUGAGUGGCCAAAGUCGUCCUCCUCCAGCCGGUGAUGACAUUACUCCUUUCCAGCGGAUGGCGGCGUCGUGCACCGGGGCCAUCGUCACAUCUCUGUUUGUUACACCUUUGGAUGUUGUGAAGAUCAGACUGCAAGCACAGAAAAACCCCUUCCCCAAAGGUAAAAUGGUUAUAAAUAUGACUUCCACACAUCUAAUAGUUUGUUUCUUAUGGUGUAAUUAUGUCAUAUGUGGUGUGUUUUUUCAAUGUUUAGGGAAAUGUUUUGUCUACUGUAAUGGACUUAUGGACCACAUAUGUGUGUGUGAAAAUGGCAACUCCAAGGUGUGGUACAAAGCCCCAGGUCACUUCAAUGGCACACUGGAUGCCUUCGUAAAGAUAGUACGCAAUGAAGGACUCAAGGCAUUAUGGAGCGGUCUACCUCCAACUCUUGUGAUGGCAGUCCCAGCCACAGUGAUCUACUUCACAUGUUAUGACCAGCUGUGUACAGCACUAAGGGUCAAGAUGGGCAACCACGCAGAGACGGCUCCCCCUCUGGCAGGAGCAAUUGCUAGAGUGGGUGCAGCAACAGUGAUCAGUCCUCUAGAGCUGAUCCGCACUAAGCUGCAGUCUCAGAAACUGUCGUACAGGGAGCUGACUAACUGCAUCCGUUCAGCAGUGGAGACAGAAGGCUGGCAGUCUCUGUGGCGAGCUUUAGGGCCCACACUCCUCCGAGAUGUGCCCUUCUCAGCCAUGUACUGGUACAACUACGAGAAGAGCAAGAGCUGGCUGUGUGAACGGUAUAAAACCAGAGAGCCCACACUGUCCAUGUUCUUCAUAUCUGGAGCGAUGUCCGGUACUAUUGCGUCCAUUGUAACUUUACCUUUUGAUGUUGUCAAAACGAGAAGGCAGGUGGAGAUUGGAGAGCUGCAAGCACAGAAUUUGACCGGUAAGGUCUCCUCCUCCACCUUCAGUGUGAUGAGCAAGAUUGUUGCAGAGCAUGGCGUCAGUGGAUUGUUUGCAGGUUUCCUUCCUCGGGUUAUCAAAGUGGCCCCGGCCUGUGCCAUCAUGAUAAGCUCUUAUGAGUUCGGGAAGGCCUUUUUCCGCAAACACAACCAGGAGAGGAUACACAGGCCGCUGCAGACCAGUAACACCUGACCAAAAACACCGCUCCUGCAAGACUUUACCUGGGAGGAAAACACUUUUCAAUAUAUUUGAGUGACUGAAAUUUAUAUGAAAUAUUUUUAUUAUAGUAUUUAUAAUUGAAUAUUCCUUGCUUUUAUUUCACCGCAACUGAUCCAGUGUGCACAACUGAAAACAAAUAUUCACCUCAAUCAGUGUUCAAAUCCCAUGAUUUUAGAUCCAUUUCACAGCCAGCAGAUGGCAGCCACACUUUUGUUAAUAAUAUGUGACUUUCCGGAUUCCCAAAUGUGGUUGUCCUACUGGAAUCAUGUGCACUGUGCCUGAAACUCUUACAUUAGAGAUAUAAGAUUAGAGUUUAUUCCUCUGUGUGUGUAUCCACCUGCUGUUCAGGGGAUCUCCAUGUUUUGCACUUCCACACUAAAGCUGUGAUUAUGUGUGUGACAAAUGUGAAAAUGUUCAAAAUAUACUAAUUAUUCUUUUCAAUGAUUCAUUUUUUUCAUGAACUGUUGAUAGUGGACAAAACACAUACAUGUCAAACACUGUUUUUGGAAGUGGAGUUUAUUCAAAAUGAAGGAUAAAAAGUCAAACAAAUCCA